AUGAGGCAUAUAGAAAACAGUAAGUAUUUUGACUGCGAAUUGCCGACUUUUAAGCAUUUUUUACUCGAGAAUCACUUCAGCAUAGACCCAGAUUACAAUGGAGUGAGAUUUCUCAAUCAAGAGAUACACAAAUAUUGACAGGAUUUUGACUAUUUUAAGCAUUUUGGAAUCCAUAAGCCACUUAUCAAACUUAUUGAAUCAUCGUUCAAUAAGGCUAAUCUUGAAAUACAAAUUGGAACAUUUUUUGACAAGAUUUGGAUACCUUUUUACAUUCCAAGCUAA